AGCAGGCGCAGACUUGCGCUCUCGGGUUAAGGAUCUGGGGGCGGAGCUGGGUGUCAGGGACGCCCCGUAGACCUCCCGGUGGGCCUCGCAGGGUACAUACUCCGGAUAAAGGUGGCGCAGAGCAGUCACCGUCGAACCUGAGCUAGGAGGACGGGAAAGACCGAACUCGGUUGAGUCGGGGUGGAAACCAGGCCCUCGGGCUUGCAGGGCCGGCUCGCCAUGGGGGAGGUGGAGAUCUCUGCCCGCGCCUACGUGAAGAUGUGCUUGCACGCAGCCCGGUACCCGCACGCCGCGGUCAACGGGCUGCUGCUGGCGCCAGCGCCGCGGUCCGGAGAAUGCCUGUGCCUCACCGACUGUGUGCCACUCUUCCACAGUCAUCUGGGCUUGUCAGUCAUGCUGGAAGUCGCCCUCAACCAGGUGGAUGUGUGGGGAGUGCAGGCCGGUCUGGUGGUGGCUGGGUACUACCAUGCCAAUGCAGCUCUGGAGGACCAGAGCCCUGGGCCACUGGCCUUGAAAAUCGCUGGGCGAAUUGCAGAAUUUUUCCCUGAGGCAGCACUUAUUAUGUUAGAUAAUCAGAAACUGGUGCCUCAGCCUCGUGUGCCUCCAGUUAUCGUCCUGGAGAACCAAGAUCUCCACUGGGUCCCCAAAGACAAGAACUUAGUGAUGUGGAGGGACUGGGACGAGUCACGGCAGAUGGUGGCAUCGUUACUGGAGGGCCGGGCCCACCAGCACAUUGUGGAUUUUGACUGCCACCUUGAUGACAUCCGGCAGGACUGGACCAACCAGCAGCUCAACAGCCAGAUCACCCAGUGGGUCAGGCCCACUGAAGGCAAUGCCUGAGCUUGGGUCAAGAAGGCCAGGAAAUAAUAAAGAGACUUGGGCUG